AUGUCAUCUAGACCAGACCUCAGGGUCGACGACGAAGUCGGCUUCAUCCGCUUCUACCGCUCCCUCGCCUCAGACGAAUCGUCUCCCUCAAACAAUGAAAUAAUACGUGUCUUUGACCGCGGCGAUUGGUACUCCGCCCACGGCGCGGAAGCCGAGUUCAUCGCUCGCACAGUCUACAAGACUACCUCUGUCCUCCGCAACCUCGGCCGCAGCGAAACAGGCGGCCUACCUUCCGUCACAAUGAGCGUGACUGUGUUCCGGAAUUUCCUACGUGAGGCGCUGUUCCGGCUUAACAAGCGCGUGGAGAUCUGGGGCUCUGUGGGUACGGGCAAGGGCCACUGGAAGAAAAUCAAGCAGGCGAGUCCUGGGAAUUUGCAAGAUGUCGAGGAGGAACUGGGCAGUGUUGGUGGGAUGGGAGAUGGGGGUGCAAGUGGUGCGCCGAUUAUCCUGGCUGUGAAGAUUAGUGCGAAGGCUGGGGAGGCGAGGAAUGUGGGUGUCUGUUUUGCGGAUGCGAGUGUGCGCGAGCUGGGAGUUAGUGAGUUCCUCGAUAAUGAUGUUUAUUCGAACUUUGAGUCCCUUGUUAUUCAGCUUGGGGUGAAGGAGUGUCUUGUGACGAUGGACAUGAAUCGGAAGGAUGUCGAGUUGGGGAAGAUCAGGGCUAUUGCGGAUAACUGUGGGAUAGCGGUUUCGGAGCGUCCUGUUGCGGAUUUCGGGGUGCGUGAUAUCGAGCAGGAUUUGACGCGGUUGCUGCGUGAUGAGCGCUCUGCUGGGACGUUGCCGCAGACGGAGUUGAAAUUGGCGAUGGGCUCUGCGGCGGCGUUGAUUCGGUAUCUCGGUGUGAUGUCGGAUGCUACGAAUUUCGGGCAGUAUCAGCUUUACCAGCAUGAUUUGGCGCAGUUCAUGAAGCUUGAUGCGGCGGCGUUGAGGGCGCUGAAUCUGAUGCCGGGCCCUCGCGAUGGGUCCAAGUCCAUGAGCUUGUUUGGACUGUUGAACCAUUGCAAGACACCUGUUGGGAGUCGGUUGCUGGCGCAGUGGCUGAAGCAGCCGCUAAUGGAUCUAGCAGAAAUUGAGAAACGGCAGCAGCUUGUUGAGGCGUUUGUUGUGAGCACGGAGCUGCGACAGACCAUGCAGGAGGAGCAUCUGCGGUCGAUUCCAGAUCUUUAUCGCCUUGCGAAGCGGUUCCAGCGGAAACAGGCGAACUUGGAGGAUGUGGUGCGUGUGUAUCAGGUCGCGAUUCGCCUGCCCGGGUUUGUGAACUCAUUGGAGAAUGUCAUGGAUGAGGAGUAUCAAACUCCGCUAGAAAUCGAGUAUACGGCCAAGCUUCGGAACCACUCGAAUAGCCUGGCGAAGCUGGAGGAGAUGGUUGAAACGACGGUCGAUCUGGAUGCGCUUGAGAACCACGAGUUUAUCAUCAAGCCCGAAUUUGAUGACAGUCUACGCAUAAUCCGCAAGAAGCUGGAUAAGCUCCGCCACGACAUGUAUCUCGAGCAUCGGUCUGUGUCGAAGGAUUUGGACCAGGAGAUGGACAAGAAGUUGUUCUUGGAAAACCACAGAGUUCACGGUUGGUGUUUCCGGUUGACACGUAACGAGGCCGGCUGUAUUCGCAACAAAAAGGCGUACCAGGAAUGCUCUACGCAGAAGAACGGUGUCUACUUUACCACCUCGACAAUGCAGUCCUUGAGACGGGAGCACGACCAGCUCUCCUCCAACUACAACCGUACUCAGACGGGGCUUGUCUCUGAAGUUGUCAAUGUUGCAGCCUCGUACUGCCCCGUUCUGGAGCAGCUGGCCGGCGUCCUCGCCCAUCUCGAUGUUAUUGUCAGCUUCGCCCAUGCCUCUGUUCACGCACCUACAGGCUAUACCCGGCCCAAGAUCCACCCCCGAGGCACAGGAAACACAGUCCUCAAGGAAGCGCGUCACCCGUGCAUGGAGAUGCAAGAUGAUAUCUCUUUCAUUACCAACGAUGUAUCGCUGAUCCGCGACGAGUCCUCCUUCCUAAUCAUCACUGGUCCCAACAUGGGCGGUAAAUCGACCUACAUCCGAAUGAUUGGCGUUGUUGCACUCAUGGCCCAGACCGGUUGUUUCGUGCCCUGCACAGAGGCGGAGCUCACAAUCUUCGACUGUAUCCUUGCUCGUGUCGGUGCCAGCGACUCACAGCUCAAGGGCGUUUCAACGUUCAUGGCAGAGAUGCUUGAAACAUCUAACAUUCUCAAGUCAGCAACGUCUGAAUCCCUGAUUAUCAUCGAUGAGCUCGGCCGCGGUACCAGUACAUACGACGGAUUCGGUCUCGCCUGGGCCAUCUCAGAGCAUAUCGUUACUGAGAUUCGAUGUUUCGGGCUGUUCGCAACUCACUUCCACGAAUUGACAGCGCUGGCAGAUCGGUACCCCAAAUCUGUCAAGAACCUGCAUGUCGUUGCGUUCAUUGGAGAUGGAACGACAACGAAAGAAGACGAGGAGAAAAAGGCGCAGCAGAAGGUUACGCUCCUGUACCGCGUUGAGCCCGGAAUCUGCGACCAGUCAUUUGGCAUCCACGUCGCUGAGCUAGUCCGCUUCCCAGACAAGGUGGUCAAUAUGGCUCGACAAAAGGCCGAAGAGCUAGAGGACUUCACCUCCGCAGAUCCGACAGGGAAAGCAUCGGCUACGGCCGUUGAUAAGUACUCUCAGGAGGAAGUGGAAGAAGGAAGUACCUUGCUGAAGGCGAUGUUGCAGAAGUGGAAGGCUGCCAUCGAGGAACCGGGCAAGGAUCUGACGGUUGAAGAAAAGAGGCAGAUUAUGAGAGAUCUGGUCAAGGGUGAUUCGAAGUUGCAGGAGAGUCGGGUCUUCCAGGGCAUUCAAGCAUUCGAUGGAUUGCUACGGGUAUUUUGGCCAUACGACCUCCCCCGGUCGUCCUCGCCGGGUGUAAUUGUUGGAUGGCGGAAUUCAGAGCUGGAUCUGUUUGUGUUGGCUGUGCUGGAGGAUGUCGAGCCUCGAAACGUUGACAAUGCCCUCCGCGCGGGCAUUCUAUUCCGGCACAGCCCUCAUCCCGUUCCGCGCAUUUUCGGCCUUUGCGGUCGUUCGUCGAUGCAUGUUCUAGGAUCGACUAACCUGCGCGAUCCGCCGACAGCCUUCAAUCCGUCCCAUUUGAUUGUUAGUACUCGCUCGUCCGGCAAGAUUCCGAGAAUAUAUUGUCCGCCGGAGACUGGCCUCUCGAUUCAGGUUAUCAUGUUCCAUCGUCCGGACCCGACUAGGAUGGAAUACAUGUCGCUAAAUCCAAUUUCACUUGCUUUAGAGGACAAGGUGCUUGCUGCGGAUAAGUCGGACUCAGUGUCGGAUAUGAUAGAAACAGGGGAAGGGAUACAAAAGGCUCGUGCGCAAAAAUUGGUGGAUAAGCUGAGACUUCAUACGGUUGUCAAGCACGUUGCAUCGCAUAAGGAGUUGGCGCUUCCUUUUAUUGUCAACCAGGUUAAUUGCGCAUACGAGAUGGGGAAGUUGAUAGAAAAAAACAGCAGUUUGAUUGGAAUUCGCGUGAAGAGGAGCAUGAGUGUUUCGGAACGGGUGGUUGAGUCGGCAACAACAAUGUGGGACAUGUUUGUUCUCGGUGUGUCUUAUGUCUUUUGGCAGUGGAUAUGGCCUGUUAUUACCCGAGUGUUCGUGGUCGGGUUGGUAUUUCAUCGCGCGAUUGCAGACUUUGUUCUACAAGUUUUGGAAUGGCGCGCCCGACCUGACGCUGCGGCAUUGAAGGAUAUCUCGGCGACAGCUCAACAAGUGGACAUUCGCCUGCAACAAUUUUGUUAUUGGCCCACGCAGUAUGUCAAAUUACGGCAAAGGAAGGACGAUUGGGAGAGUGUCACGACGUACCAUGCGCACUACAUUCGGUUCUACAACAGUUUAUGGCUAGUUGCGAAUGAUGUGAUCAUUGGGAUUGCCAUGGGGUCGUACAUCAUUGAUAAUGCCAACUGGGUAGCUUAUCAGAUCAACUUCGUUCUCAGUGGCUGGACUGUCGAAGGCCUUCAACGGACGAUUUCCUGGUUAAUGGACUGGCCGGCCGGUUUAAAGUUGAAUAAUGAACUUGCUGCGUUUCUGGGUGAUCUUUUCUUAUGGGUUAUUGAAAACUGGGCAGCGCGGAUAUUCAAUUGGCAGCUCACCAUCAUCAUCUCGCUUUUCCACCUGUUUCGCGGAAAGAAACGAAACGUCCUCCGCAACCGUAUAGAUUCUUGCGAUUAUGACCUCGACCAGCUUCUUCUCGGGACUAUCCUUUUCACCGUCCUCUUCUUCCUACUGCCUACAGUCAUUGUGUUUUAUCUGGCGUUUACAUCAGCGCGGAUGUUGAUCAUCACGCUGAAGGCAGGCCUUGACACCUGGCUGGCUUUCUUAAAUCACUUUCCACUUUUUGCGUUGAUGUUACGAGUUAAGGAUUCGAGGAGGUUGCCAGGCGGAAUCCGCUUUGAACUCCGCGAGGAACACGAUAACUCGCCGAAUAAUUCCUUGGAUCCGACUAUACACUACAUCCAUCUUGAGUCCAUUCCUCUAACCCUUCGAGCCAUGUUUGACCAAUAUUUUCAACUCGGCCACCGUCUCCGUAAACACUACCUCUCUCCCCAAGUUAUCUUCUGCCUCUUCACUGGCCGCUUCGUGCCGCCAAUUCACCGCCGCAGCCUCUACAGCAUGCAGUACAGCAUGCUUCCCGAUGUCCGGCCAUCACUAGCUCAAGUCUGGAGCGAGCUAACUCAACCGAGAAAAUCAGGUGGUGGAAGUGGUGGUUCAAGCUCCGGGAUUGGCACUGGAGCGAAUGGGAUCAUGAAGGGAGGAUUUGGCGAGGCCAGGAGAAGAGGGAAUCGGUAG